GUUUUACUGGGAUUCUGCGAAACUGCUAGGAAUUGCAUGGAAAUAGACGCUCAACUCUUUUGCACUCUGUUCUUCACCCGAUGGCCGACUGUUAUGGGCCCUUCUCAUAGUUAAUGAGUCUACGUACACUAAUAUUCCUUAUAUGAAGCCUCUGCAAUUCCAUUGACGAGAGAGACACCCAAACCAUGAACAAUAUGAAGGACGGCGGACCGGAUGAAGCCGAUGCCCGAUCUCUGAUUUCAAUGCAGGAGCUCGAUCCAUCGCCAGUGGAAGAUCAACCCCCAGAUCUUGAGUCUGGGGGCUAUUUCCCCAAAGAUGCGGAUGCUGCUACUCCCAAGCGGGAUGGGACGGUGUCCCAUUUCUCAUUCCCAAAGCUCGGUCUGAGCGGACAUCGGUGGGACUACUGGCUAUCCGCAGUCCAGAGAUAUUCCACCUAUCCGCCGUCUGCCUUCUUCGUUCUUCACAUCGCCAACACCUCCCUCAUCCCGCUCGUGACACGUUCCGUACCCGCAAGUGAGAGUUAUCUACUUCUCACAAGGCCAAUAUAUCAGUCCAUCCCGCUUGAACAUAUCAUGCUCACCGUGCCGAUUCUCGCGCACAUCGCCAGUGGAGUGACCCUACGGAGUAUCCGCGCUCGACGACGCGCGCGCCUCUACGGAGCCGAGACGAGGGCACAGAGAUCCCUCCUCAAGUCUUGGCCGGUCGUGAGUGUCCAGUCGAGACUGGGAUACUUGCUUCUCCCGUUGCUGGGAACACAUGUGUUGGUGAACCGUCUUGUGCCAUUGAAAGUGGAGGGCGGAAGCUCGGGUGUCGGACUCGGAUACGUCGCCCAUGGCUUCGCACGGAGUCCGGUUUUUUGGAGCCUUUACUAUAUCAUUUUCGUGGCUGCCGGAGUAUGGCAUAUUGUCGGCGGCUGGGCCGCAUGGAGGGGUUGGAGAGUGACAACGGCCCGGAAGAGUCGCGGAGAAGGACACGUUAUCCACGGCGGAUAUCUGGGAUAUAUGGAGAGCCAGGAACAGCAGAAGCGACGAAGACGGAUGUGGUGGAUUGUCAAUGGAAUUGCGGCUUUAGGCACAGCUCUUUGGCUUGCGGGAGGCUUAGGAGUCAAACAGUUUGCAGAACCUCCACUCCUGUCAUUUCGAUAUAUCCAGCUACGAUCAUUUUCCGCAAAAGCCACAGUCAUGACGGCUUCUCCCUCUCCAGCGGCAGCGGCGGCUCCGCAGAUUGUUCAGGUCGGGGAUAAAGAAUAUGAAGCUGUUAAGGAGGGGCUGGCCUAUAUCCUGAACCCGCGUCCGAAAGACGCACCGAAGAAAUCACAGAAAGGUCCCAAGGGAGAGACAACACAGCAGUCGGUGUUCUAUAACCCGAUUCAGCAAUUUAACCGCGAUCUGAGCGUGUUGGCGAUCAAGGCAUACGGUGAACAUGUCUUGGCUGUGAAGAAGGAGAAGCUUGAAAAGAAAAAGCAGAGGAUCGCACAAAAUGGAUUCGCGAAGGGGAAGAAGCGCAAGAGGGGAAAUCAGGAGGGGGAUGAGGAUGCUGGGAAGGUUGUCCCUGAUCAGGUUGAUAAUGCUGCUGCUACUUCUGAAGCUACUGCCGAUCAACCUUCGGAGACUAGUGGUGUUGCUGUUCCCUCGGAGGAGAAGCCUUUGUCUUUCACGAUUCUAGACGCUUUGUCUGCUACGGGUCUCCGUGCGCUGCGUUAUGCGAAGGAAAUUCCAUUUGCGACUUGUAUCGUCUCAAACGACCUAUCGCCUUCCGCUGUCCAGUCGCAGAAGAUCAACAUCGAAUAUAACAAGGUGGAGGACAAGGUGAAACCAAACAGCGGCGAUGCAUGUGCCUAUAUGUACAGUCGCAACGGCCCUCACGACUCCGGUGACAGUGGUCGUAAAGGGAGAUUUGAUGUUAUUGAUCUGGACCCGUAUGGCACUGCCGCUCCCUUCAUGGAUGCUGCAGUACAGGCAGUCAAUGACGGAGGUCUCCUGUGUGUGACUUGCACAGAUGCUGGAGUUUGGGCCUCGAAUGGAUACCCAGAGAAAGCGUUCGCUCUAUACGGUGGUAUCACCGUAAAAGGCUCCCAUUCGCACGAAGGUGGGCUGCGUCUUAUCCUUCACGCGCUUGCCACAUCUGCUGCAAAAUACGGACUCGCAAUUGAACCGCUGCUAUCACUAUCAAUUGACUUCUAUGCCCGAGUAUUUGUCCGCGUGUACAAAUCUCCCGCAGAGGUCAAGUUCAUCUCAGCCAACACGAUGCUGGUCUAUAACUGUGACUCCGGUUGUGGUGCUUGGUCCAUCCAGCCUCUCAGUCAAACGAAGCAGAAGCCCGAUAAGAAGGGAAAUCCUUUCUGGACUUUCGGCUACGCGCAAGGCCCAACAGCAGCGCCGCAUUGCGAGCACUGCGGCUUCAAAACUCACCUUGGCGGACCUAUGUGGGGAGGACCUCUUCAUAACCCUCAUUUCAUCCAAAAGAUUCUCGACAUGCUACCUGGAAUUGACAGAGACACUUAUCACACCGUCGACCGGAUCGAAGGCAUGCUGACGACGGCUCUGGAAGAGGAUCUCGACGUGGGUCCCUCCAAGACACCAGGUUCUACUCCUGAACCAGGUCAGGAACAGGACGUUACAGUCACUGCUGAACGAUCCCCCAUCAUCCCUCGCAUGGAUCCAGCUCAACGGGAGCCUCAUCCCUUCUUUUUCAGCGUCAGCGCUCUGUCUAAGGUCCUCCACACCCAAACAAUGCCCGUCGACGCCUUCCGCGGUGCUCUCAGACACCUCGGCUACCGUUCAACUCGCAGCCACACCAAACCAAACACCAUCCGAACAGACGCUCCCUGGGACGUUAUCUGGGAAAUCAUGCGCGAAUGGGUACGGCAGAAAUCCCCCAUAAAAGAGGGAGCCCUCAAGCCCGGAACCGCAGGCGCAGCGAUUAUGAAAAAGAGCCGAGAGAACCUCAGAAAGUUUGACGAAACGGACCACCCACUAUCCCUACUCAAGCAAGAAAUCACAGCCGCGGUGGAAAGUGGCAGAAACAUCAACGAGCUCACAACCAAAAUCGAAGCUGCGCUCUACCGCUCCGGUGCACGACAGCGACUCGGAAAAGAUACCGUUGGAACAGAUACAGAGAUGAAAGAUGCCACAGAGCAGGUGUCUCCAUCCGAGGAGGAGACUGCUCGCGGAUCCAGAGCGGGAAGUCCAUCGGCUGCUCAGAGACCACAUCCCAGCACGCUGAAUAUCGUAUUCGAUGAAGCACUAGGAAGAGAAGCCUCCGAUGCUCAAACGAAGAAACGACUUGUGAGAUAUCAGAUCAAUCCGCGAGAGAACUGGGGUCCGCUCAGCAGGGCUUCAGGGAGUACGAGGUAGGAAGAGGAAGUGAUUAAACGAAUGCAAAUCCGAUAGGAGCCCUAUGAAGGAAAAUAUGUACUGUACUGUACUGUACAAGUAUGUAUUCCUGCAUCUAUAUCGUCAAUUCAUCUAUUUAUAUAUUUCGAUCAUUUCCAUUCAGGUCAUUAAUCAACCUAGAGCAUGCGUUCUAUUCUUUUAGCGGUUGAUUAUUUUCAAAUCUUAAUGGGGAGAUCCAAUCGUCUCUCAACUUACUAGCUGUAGAGAUAUUCAGAAAGGACCAAACAAGAGAUCAGCGAACGACAUAUCGACGACCACCUCGUGGAUAUAAUACAAUACGCCAAUUGUAUAGUCGGAACAGCUAGUUAACUCGUCAAACACUAAUGUACAUACAUACAUACAUGGAUAUCCAAGG